AUGAAUACUCAUGAGAAGCUCGAGGAAGGAUACUCAACUCAGAGGCCUCCUAUGUUUAAUGGCAAGUUCUAUACUUACUGGAAGAACCGCGUGGAGAUCUUUAUCAAGGCAGAGAACUACCAAGUUUGGAGGGUCAUCGAGGUUGGUAAUUUCGAAGUCACCAAAACUAAUGCUCAGAAUGAGGUAAUCCCUAAGCCUAUGUCUGAAUAUGAAAAAGAGGACUUUGAUAAAAUGGAAAUAAAUGCUAUGGCUGUGAAAUUGCUACACUGUGGACUUGGACCUCACGAACACAAUCGUGUUAUGGGGUGCAAGAACGCUAAGGAAAUAUGGGAUUUGCUGCAGAUUACUCAUGAAGGAACUAAUGAGGUUAAACGCUCAAAAAUCGAUCUACUUAUGUCUAAGUAUGAAAGAUUUGAGAUGCAGCCUAAGGAAACCAUUCAAGAGAUGCUAACCCGUUUUACUAACAUCAUAAAUGAGUUGGUUUCCCUUGGUAGACAGAUUCCUAUAGAUGAGCAGGUUAGGAAGGUUCUAAGAAGUCUUCCACAAGAUGAGAGAUGGAGAGCUAAGGUGACAGCCCUUCAGGAAAUGAAGGACUUUACAAAAUUCAAUAUUGAACAACUAACAGGUUCUCUCAUGACUCAUGAGCUACACCUUGGAGUCAACAAUGAACCCAUGAGGAACAAGGGAUUGGCUCUUAAGGCUGAUGAGGAGGAAGACUCAGAAGUGGACGAGGAUGAGGCUGCCCUAAUUGUGCGAAGAUUCAAAAAGAUUUUCAAGAAAGGCCGAACCUCAAGGAACUUCGGGAAAAAUACCUCAAAUACAAAGCCUGACUACAGCUGCCACAAGUGUGGAUCUCCAAAUCACUUUAUCAGAGACUGUCCCCUUUGGGAAAAUGAUAAAGGGAAAGGAAAGGCUAAGGAACAGGGAAGAGAAAAAUUCAGCAAAGAAAACUAUCAAAAGUCAGACAUGAGGAAGGCCAUGAUAGCAGCCUGGGGAGACUCAGAAAGUGAAGAAGAAGAUGAUGAACAACCAGAAGAAGAGACGGCCAAUCUUUGUUUGAUGACCAAAUCAGAUGAUGAAAAGGCUUACCUUGAGGAACUCCAGAAAGAGGUGUUUCUUGAUCCUAAACAGCUUGAAACUCUCUCUAAAGAUGUUUGCAAAGAACAUGGUGCUUGGUUGGAAACAGCCUAUGCCAAGUCUCAAAGCAAAUUAAGAGAGCUUGAUUUUAAAUACAAAUACAUAACUGAAAUAGCUGAUAGAAUUAAGAAUGAAAUUCUAGCAGUUCCUCAAGCGAUUAGUUACUUAAAUUCAAUGUUGAUUUUGAAAAUUUUUAAAAAUGAGCUUUCUACUUUAAAAACCCAAAAGGAUCAACUUGAAUCGGAACUGAAUGCUAGAAAGGAUAGAAGUAUUGGCCCAAAAGUCAUACCUAAGUGGAUAGUCGAAGCUCAAGGAAAAAGAACUGAAGGCCUUGGUUAUAUGACCAAGAAGAAAGGUAAGCAAAAGAAAUAUGUUGAGCUUCCUAGCAUGAAGGUCCUAGUGAGGGGGAACAACUCGUGGUAUCUCGACAGCAGUUGUUCAAAGCAUAUGACAGGUGAUAAAUCAAAAUUCCUCUCACUAGAAGACUACCCUGGAGGAACAGUAACCUUUGGGGAUAAUAAGAAGGGCGAGAUCAUUGGAAAAGGAAAUUCUGUAAGUUUUACUUCUGACUCUUGCAACAUCAUCAACAACAAGUCAGGAAAGGUUGUUCUAGAAGGAACUAGAAGAGGGAACACUUAUACAGUUGACCUCAACUUAAUCCCAAGGAACAACCUUACAUGUCUGAGUGUUGUUGAAGAUGAUCCCCUAUUAUGGCAUAAACGUUUUGGACAUGCUAGCUUUUCAUUACUGGACAAGCUAAGGGAAAAUGGCAUGAAUCAUAACUUCUCAGCUCCAAGGACUCCCCAACAUAAUGGAAUUGUAGAAAGGAAGAAUCGAACCCUUGAGGAAAUGGCUAGAACGAUGUUGAUUGCAAGUGGAUUGCCAAGGAACUUCUGGGCUGAAGCCGUGAAUACAGCAUGUUACAUCCUUAACAGGGUAACAAUCAGAAGUGUCAUCAACAAGACUCCCUAUGAACUAUUCAGGGGAAGAAAGCCAAACAUAUCUCAUCUUAGAGCCUUUGGUUGUAAGUGCUUUGUACAUAACAAUGGUAAGAAAAACCUAGGGAAAUUUGAUUAA